AUGAAAGGGGAGGUAAGUCAUACAGAACUCCCGACAGAUACACUGAUAGAAGUGGAGAUAGUACAGGAGAUGAAAGGGGAGGUAAGUCCUACAGAACUCCCGACAGAUACACUGAUAGAAGUGGAGAUAGUACAGGAGAUGAAAGGGGAGGUAAGUAAUAUAGAACUCCCGACAGAUACACUGAUAGAAGUAGAGAUAGUACAGGAGAUGAAAGGGGAGGUAAGUCCUACAGAACUCCCGGCAGAUACACUGAUAGAAGUGGAGAUAGUACAGGAGAUGAAAGGGGAGGUAAGUCCUACAGAACUCCCGACAGAUACACUGAUAGAAGUGGAGAUAGUACAGGAGAUGAAAGGGGAGGGUUCAGGACAGAGAAGAAUGAUGACUCUACAUGCCCUGGACGCCAUGUUUAUGUACGGUAAAGAUGUCCGCAGUCUGACUUUCAGAGACAGAAUUGACAAGCUAAGGAAGUUUGUACAGUGUAUCACCAAGCCGACCCGACCCAAUCUGACCCAGAUUAUUGUCCCAUACAUCUACAGGCUGGAGGAGGUCCACCAGGUGUUUGACAGGUUGGAGUUUCGUCGCGUUAAAGGUUCGGCUAAUCCCCGGUUGUGUUACAGUCCCCCGGACAGAGCUGACGGAAGGUGCUUCCUGCCGUCUGGACUCUGUAUCGUAAAAAUCGUCAAAGAUCCCUGGACAAUGGCUCUCAGUAAAUCAGCCAAUCAAAAGUAUUUUUACAACAUACACACGAAAGAGUCCACAUUCCACUGUCCCCCAUCAAGUGUGGCCCACUGCAGUGACUGCAAAACAUCAAGCUAUAUCUGGAAAUUUGAAGAGGGUGUGAAGAUUCAUCCAGACCAGACAUUCUCAGCCAACCCCCACAGAAUCUCCAAGGACAAUUUCUUAGACUACAUAAAUAUGUUGACCCCUAGGUGACCCCUCAGUGACAUUGCCGCCAUUUUAUCAGCCUCCAUUUCACUUCACUCUGUAUCAGAAUCAUCAGGAAUGUUCAACCUUAAUGAACAAAACAUUUGUUGUUCUCAUACAUGUAUUUGUUUGUACUGCAUACAUUAACUAUUGUUGAUGAAUUAUGUUACGUAUGUUUGAUUUA